AUGAAAUUAUACCAGUGGCUCAAUUAUUUGAUAAGGCAAUUGAUGCUAAUCGGGAAGAGAUUCUGCGCUGAUAUUUGUGGAAAAGAGUUCUUAAUUCAGGUUAGUGGAAUUGCACAGGAUGGUAAGGGUAAAAUCGGCGAAAAAAAGGCAAAGGAGAUAAUCUACGAUAAAUUAUUGGAACACCUUUCCGUUCUUUGUAAAAAGAGAUCUGAAGACGCAGGUAUAGACAACAUUAAGUAUAUCUCAACUUAUAAUGCGAACUCUAUUUCGGAGUUAACUAAUGACAAAGUUCAAGAGAUCGUAGAUGAUUUCUCCAAACAGAACUCCUGA